AUGUUUCGACGUGCAAGUCCGAGCACGAAAAAGCAAGAAGACGUCAAGAAAAAGACGACGGCAAGAAAGAUGACGUCACCGUCAAAGGCGACGACGUCGAAGGCCGUUUCUACCACCAUAUACGUCAUCUACAACGAUUGUGAGGGUGAGCUGAAUCCAUUGAGCAUUGAAAUGAGAUUCGAAGAAGUGUAAACAAUUUUUUUUAAUUCUUCAAACAACUUUCCAUCAUUAUAUUUCACAGUUGGGAAAGUUAGAUCUUUUUUUAAAUGAAACUUCGCGUUAAGGUCACUUUUGGGAUGGAUUUCGAAUACCAACACUAACAAAAUGAACGAGCGAGUUAGGACUAAACAGUGGUACAGAUCAACUUCAAGUCUUUAGAAUUUCCCCUGGAACGGUCGGUCCUGUGGCAAGACGUGCUGCCAGAACUGCAGAACUACGGAUUCCAUUCGAAUUUCGACGUCCAGUGGGUGGAUGUAGGCCUGGAAUUUUCCAAACUCACUAGUUUCACUGCUGAGAAGGUUCUUCGACGUUGGGAAAACGAUGAAACCAGUUGGAUCGUGGUGCGUGUUUGUGAAGUUUCAAUGAACUUUAACAAAAACAAUUUUACAAAACAAAUCUAAUUCUUCUCACUUUUUUGUAUCAGCUUUGUUUUUUGCCCGAUAUUUGAAUUAUAACUUGUACCAGAAAAAAUGAGUUUUUACCCAAGUCUUUCUCGGAAUUAUUUGAGUCUUGUCAGCCGAAAGAAUACAAUUGCUCAUCACAAAGACGAAAACAUCUAUUAUUUCUCCGAACAAAAGCGUAACGAAAAGAUGUCUGUGAUUUGAAAUUUCUUGGUUUCCCUUGUUGCUCACGAAGAAAUGGGUGAAUUGUCAUGGAGAAAACUACAAAUCUCCCGGUUUUAGUGCCUCGUCGGCGACAAAUACGGCGCGCCGACGCCGCCGUCGACAAUCCGUAAGCAGGAGUUCGAAUCGAUUCGCAGCGCCUUCUUCGAGAACAACGGCGGUAUUUCUUUUCUUUUUUUGCUAGAAAGUCAGAUGAUUCAUUCCUUGUGAGAUCGGUGAACUGUUGUUUUGGGGAUUGGUUAGUUAGGACCUGGCAUAGCAGUAAGCGAGGACUUUUCCAAUAUUAAAAGUUUGGAAGAUGGAAUUUCCUGGCUUUGAGCUCGCAUUUUGAAAUGAAAGUACAAAUUAUUUUACAGCAAUCACAACUUAUUUAAUGAACUGUUGCUCGUUGUUUCUUUCGCUUUUCUUUAAAAAAAUAGUUUUCGAUUUUGAAAAACGGUUGAAAAGUUUAGAUGUUCGCAUAGAAACUCUCAUGUUCGGAAGUCAAGGUCCUUUUAUUUUUCAACCUCGAUAGCUAUCGGUAUUGCUCAAAAUUUGUACGAAAUGAGUAAAAAUUGAGAAAUUUUCAAAAACAAAAAACCUUUUCCCAAUCACUGGCCGUUUGAUUCGUUGAACCUAGUGGAAGAAUAGUGGACUCCAUUUUGGUUAGUCUCUCGAGAUACUUUUGCUAAUCGCGUCAAGCACAUCGUCAUCAGGAAACGUACACUUGCCCCUUGCAGAAACUUAUCAUUUAUCUCAUUUUGACUCAAAACUUUUUAUGUAUCAUCUCUUCAAUUAUUCUUGAAGAUGUGCGGAUUAUCGACCAGAGCUACGCGAUAGACAGGAGCUACCAGUCGGACGAGUAUCGGCUCCAGCCUUCCAUCCUCAACGACCCCAAACUUCGCGCCAAACUCACCAAGGCCGUCCAGAAAGGCGCUCAAGCGGUUGGUCGACACAUUUUUCGAAAUAAGUUGUAAAUUAUGUUUGAAUAGUAUCUAGAACUGUGAUUCAAGCAUAGAAACUGCGAGUUUCUUGCAGAACUUCAAAAAGGAGUUUUUCAGAGGGCUGUUGACAAAAAGCUUUUUUACACUUUCCUUCCCUUCAUUUUGACUUCAUCCUAGGUCACUUUAACCCGCUUCUCUUUGACUGCAUAAGUUCAUCGAGCUUUAUAAAAUAAUAAUGGAUUCGAGGCAUUCGACGAGGGUUCGAUAAACCAAAUCCACGAGGAACGUCAACGACGUUUCUUCAUCUCCCCGAUCCACGUCGUCGCCCAAAGAAUCAUCCAAAGUCCCACCAACAGCCGAUGCACCUUCCUCCUUCGUAAAUUCGACGGUAGCCUUUUAAAGAUUAGUUAUUCAUAGCAUAUGCAUCAUUGGCGCAUACAAAUUUAACGUUGAAGUUUUUUUGAAGUUAGACUUGCGUUGAUAUUUUUUAUGAAGUUUUGCGAAACGAGUUAAAAACGGAGAAACCAUCUGAAGAGUUAGCGAAUAGCCAUUAGAUAUAUCCUAAAAUAGGUCAAAAGUGCUAGCUGAAUCUUCUUUUCUGGUUUUCUGUUUUUCUCAAAAAUGAAAAAAAAAUGUGAUUUUCUGUAAAACAGGCGUUACAAUCGAAGCCGCAACGACCAACGCCAACUUCCUAGAAAAGACACCAGAUUCGUCCAGGAAAGUUGAGGAUUUGAAGGUUUUUUCUUCUCAAUUUCACUCUAAAAGUAGAUUUUGUUAAGAACGAAAUUUCGGCAAAAAUGGACGAGAAAGCGACAUUUGCGCAUGUUCUGACACCAGAAAAUGGCGACAUCGCCUAUUUUUUCGCAUCGAAAGAUGGGGAGAAGUACCGCGACAAAUUGACACGACAAGUAUGUUUUUGUAACAUGCAAUUAUAGCUAUUCUAAUGAUAGCCUUUGAAUCGAAAUUGGAAAAAUAAAUUGUCUUGAAAUGUACUUGCUGUCUGCGGAUUGCAUGAAAAGAAUAAUUCAUAUUUUCUCCCGUUUCGCUCGACGCUAUUUUGAGUCUUUUCUCUUUUUUUGUCGAAGAAAAACUCCUCGCAGUUCAAAUAUCAUCGUAGAGCCUGUUUCAGGUUACAGAAAGACUGAAAUCGCAGUUUUCGCUUAUGCAUCGAGACGUUCGGCCAGACCCGCCGGCGUCUUUGAUUGACCUCGCCGAUGAGGAGAAUAAUUCACAUUUGGGUACUGUUCAAUUAUUUGAAUCGAGGAAGUUCAUUCAUUUUUCAGCCCAUUUGAAACAUCAGCUGUCAAUACCACACUAUUCGAGGACAGAUAUUGACAAAAAAGCCGAUGAGAUUUUGUCCUCGAAAAAAGGCGGCAGCGUUUAUUUAAUACAAGGUUCUGAAUUUCUAAACUUGAAGAAAGCACAUCCCUUUUUCCUUAACUCAUACAUUUUUAUGAACCAAAUUGGGAAAUAAAUAUUAAAACGGAACAACUGGAAAUUUUCAAAAAAACAAUAUUCAAAUCUUUCGUUGAUUAUUGCGUCAGAUAAAAAAACAGCAAACUUGACUCUAACGACUCGAAAAAAAGGUCCAGCAGAGUUCGAGAUUUUAUUUUUCGAUUUGAUAUUCCCUUAUUUGUUCCACACCUAACACAGCCCUUAAGGCCUUGUAUCUCAUUCAAUUUUUCAAAUAGCGUGUCUUCAAACGUGCUUCUCGAAUUAUUUCGUGAGAUUAUAGAAUUGCGCUCCAGCUUUAUCCAAUUUAAGAAAUAUUUUAGCAUUUCGCUUAAUUUUAAGGUCCCGAUGCAAGUGGAAAAACGCAGGUUUUGUGCCGAAUGUUUGAGAAAGCGCCGGCUGAUGCUCACAAAAUUAUACGGUUUGCUCUCUUAUUGACAAUUUUCAUUUUUCUUUUUUCGAUUCACUAAUUUAACCUACGCAUCGACGUUUGCCCAUGAAUUUUGGCGUUUGAUCUGUUUUUCCGUCUGCUCGGCUGCGAAAUUCGAUCCACAAAUUGUUUUGCAGGUAAAAAGAAGUUUAUAAACUUUGUUUGAAGUUCAUUGAAGAUAUCUACUCGUUUUUCUGAUUUGAGUCAUUUUCAGCACUUCAAGCUUGAGAAAAUCAUUGAAAUUUUCGAAACUUACAUUGAAAAGCUAGAAAAACCGCUCUACCUGUUCAUCGACGACAUUCAUUUGCUCAAACAUGGAAACUUCCUCAGCAAUUGUGAGAAAAGAGUCAAAUCGGUUGGUUGAAAAUCUUCAUCUUAUUAGUUCAGUUGUUUUAAAAUCUGUUCAAGUAAAAAGUAUUAUUUUUUUAGAUUAGAAAAAAAGUUCUUUCGGACCUUGAUAACAUCAAAAAAACACUGAAUCUCUUCACAUAAGUUUAGUUUUUCGUAAACGCAAAAGUGUUGGAAUAGACUGUCAAUAAACGUUUCAAAAAAUAAUUUUGGUAAUUUUUUUAUAAAGAGACUUUUCUAAUUAUCGUCCUUAAGAAAUGAAGUUACAAAAUUUGUUGGUACUUUUCUCGAAGAGGAAUAUCCUGAUUUUGUAUUUCUAAUUGAGCAGGCUCCUCAAAAGCUGAUCGUCUUCGUGACGGCCUCCAACGUGAGCCCCGUGCAGUCGCUGUUCACCAUCACGCAGACUUUCAACGUGACGACGCCUACAGAAGAUGACGUCAUCGAGAUGAUGAAGAAGGUCGUGGCGGCGGAAGGACGGAGGCUCAGCAACGAACAGUGGGGCGCUGUGCGGCAACAGGUUCAGAUCAAAUCUCCUUUCAUAUUGAUUUUUCUAUUCUCAUAAGAAUGUUAUAUUCAUAAAAAGAAAGUGUUCAGAUAGUGGGUUCGAAUGAAAACAUUUUGUUUGCGAAGUCGUUGAUCCACGAAAUGCUUCAACAAGGAUCCUUGAAUGCAAAAGGCGGUUUCGAAGGUUAGAAAUUGUACUUUUUUUAAAUGUAAUUUUAUAUUUUUUUUUGAUAAUUGAAAUCAGGGAUUAUCUUCAGCUUACAGGAAGAAGGUCGAAGAAGAAAAAUAUCUGAGGAGGGUUAAAAGAUAAGUAUGAGUACUCGUUUGCAGAUUAGUAACUACCGAGAAAUUUUUUUUUGGUUCCCACUAUAGCUUCACAUCAAAAGUUUUUAUUUCUCACACACAAAAAGUAAAUAGAGAUAAGAAAAGGAAGGAAAGAGAACAUACGGUUUCGGGACUUGGGCUGAAGAAGGAAAGAGUCGUGUUGACCAGUAGAAACUGUGAAAUUUAUUACGCCCAUAACUGUUUUUUUUUGUUUUUGAAAUAAUUAUAAUUUGCAGGGAGACUGGAACGACUCGAAGUGGAGUUCGGAACAGCAGCCGUCCAAGCCGUGUGCAAGUUCCUGAGCGUGGCCUCUCACGGUCUGACGCGACUGGAGCUCCACGACGUCUUGUCCUCUCAAAGGGACCUUCUCUCCCAAAUCGGCACCACUGUCAGCUUCCCUCCACUUCUUCUCGACGAAAUCUUAGAAGCUUUCGGUUCGAUUGAAACCCGAAAGACGGAAUUUUUUCUUGUUUUCCAGGACCUAUUCUUCACACUGUCUUCAUCGACCAACGGAAUGUGAUAUCAAUCAGCCAUUUUUCAUUGUUAAAUAUUGUCCGCCACAGGUUCCCAUAGGCUCUUCCCCUAGGCAAGUCAAGUCCAACGGUUAUAGGUAUCUUUCGAGCACGGCGGAUCUGAAAGCGACUCACGUCGCAUUGUCGGAUCUGUUCAGCGAGCACGGCGUUACUUCAGAAGAGCUGUCGCCUCGAAGUUCCUUUACCUACACCAAUUUCCCUCAAGCGCUCAAGAAAGAGAACGGGUCGACCAAUGUCCGCAAACUGCGGCUUCUUUGGUUUCAUCUCCUCCACACGGGUUGGACGGAUGGAAUAUUUCUCGGAAUAGAACGGACUUGACAGGUAAUAUGGACGCUCUAAAAGAGCUCACCCUCUGCCAUUUCGACUACAUCGAUCUGAUCGUCCGCUAUUUUGGCGUCAUGCAUCUGUUGACGUUGUACGAAGAGUGCGCGAUGCAGGUGCUCCAUCACGACUUGCAAGGUAGUCUGGUAUGAGAAUGGCGACUUUGGUUGACAAAAAUAGGCUUGAAACGCACCCGGGACAAAAGUUCGUUGAAAUAAAGGUUUUUGUUGGCGUAAUCAACUUUUUUGAGUAAUUCUAUUUCUGCAACCUUGGAAUCUUCUGAAAUUCGAACAAAAAAUUAUUCACAGUUUUGAAGGAAUAUCCAGCACAGUUUCUAAUCUUUCAGAGGCGCAUGAAAGCUCUUUUUAUUGACUUUGUGCUAGAACUGAAGCUUCGAUUAUAUUCUUGAAAAUAGAAAAGUUUGCAGGUUUUGGCUUUCGCUAUCAGGAAUCACCCAAAACAUAAAUAAACUGAUGAGUAAUCAGAAAAAAGAAAGAAGAUUAAGCGCUCUGUGAGCAAGUGCUGCUGCCCUCGCUGAGUACUAUCGUCAGAGACAACGAACAACUCGCCGCCGAAGUCAUCGGCCGGUUGCGGUUCACCAGAGGUUACUUUUUGGAACGUGCUCCUUGCAGGUUGUAGAACCGAGAUGACCCUGGCAAAAUUUAGAAUGAGACAAGGUUUUGCAGCCGACAACAGCCAUUUUCUGAACACCAUGGUGGAACAGGCGAUGGGCUGGGUCGACCUCUACAACCGGCAACCUCUUUUGGUCCCUCUGACGUGUUGGAUCUCGCCGCCGACCAUGAAAAUGUGUCGAAGUUUUCUGCUCAAGGUCAGCUUCUAUCUGAAAAACUUUUUUCGGAACAAGAUAACCAAAAUUAAGACUCAUUUUGAAGUAUUUACUAGCUUUUAUAGCAUCAAAAAAGUUUUAUAGCAUCAAAAAUAUCUCGUCAUAAGCUUGUUUUGAAUCGCUAUUUAUCUUCCAAAAUAAUGAUGUGGAGUUUGAGGAAUGGAAAGCGGGUCAAACGGUGCUGGCGCCUACCCAAAACCACCAACAUGUCCUGAUUUCGGGGAACCAAUCUGCUCCCGGCUUCAUAUACAUGUACCACAUCGCUUCGCAGUAUCUCAUUGCCACUUUCAAAGGUCCGAAAAAUGAAAAUAAAAAGAUUUCUCACUGGGGCACGAUUGGCGAGUCGAAAAAAGCUUUUGCAGGUCAUUCUGCCGCUGUCACUUCAAUUUGUGCGAGUAACAAUGGAAUGUUUUUCGUGAGUACUUCCGUCGACCUAACCGUCAAGAUUUGGAGCUUCGUAACGGUUUUCCUGCUUGCCGACUUCUUCUGAAUGAGAGAAAGGCCUUCAGGGUGAAUGCUUGAAGACGUUGAAGCCUCACUCGCAGAAGGUUCUGGGGGCGAUUCUGAGCAGCGACGACAGCUUCAUGAUAACCGCGUCGGCUGAUUCGUCGGCGAAGGUUGGCACGAAAAGAGAAGACGCGAAGGAGAAAUGGGAUUCAGAUGAUCAACGUCGAAUCAGGAGACGUCAUCCGGUCUUUCAGUGAUCAUACGGGAAGCGUUGUUUCCUUGCAGCUGACUUCAAAUGAUCAGUUUUUGAUAACUGGUUAGUAAUUCAUCGUUUUAGUGUGAAGAUCUAAGGAUGGAACAAGAAAUCUUAUUAGUCAAGCAUGAAAAAAACUCAGAGAGUAAAAAAAAAUCUACAAACAUUUGAAAUUUAGCGCUGAGUCAACUAUGGAUCAACUUUGAUUUAAAAUUUUGAAGAAAUUUUUUUCUGCUAAAAACUAGCGAGUAUAUCUGUGCUGCUAGGAAUUUUCGCAAUAACAAUCCAAAAAAUUUUUUUUAUGGAAUGAGCCAAAUUCACGAAUUAUUUCUUUGAGAAUUGGAUUCAUGAAGUUGAAGAGAGACUACAGUAAGUAUCCUUUCAGGCUCUGGGGACUUUGUAGUUCAAAUGUGGGACGUCACCAAUGGAAAUUGCAUAUCCAGGAUGGGCGGUCUCAUGGCGCCCGUCAGCUGUUUGGCUAUCACGACGUCAGAGUUUCAUUCUGAAUGAAGACUUUAUUUCUAUUUUUCCAUGUCUUCUUUCAAAUUUAUUCAUUUUAAGGAAUGAUGCUUUCGUUGUGGUGGCCUGCGAGGACGAGACUUUGAAAGUGUUCAGCACGGUUUCUGGACAAGAACUCCACGAAUUGAUGGGCCACGAGGGGAAGGUGCUUUUGGACAGUUUUUUCGAGAGAAAAAAACGAUAAUCUCUGAAUUCUGACACCUUUUUGAAUUCUCGCGAGCUGUUUUCCGCUUUAUUUCUUAUUUUCGAGGAGGCGACUUAUUAAAUUACACUACUAGAUCGUGAUAAAUCUUCAGAAAGAUCUUAAGAGAAGUUAAAUUUGUAUCGAAAAAAUCUAGGUGUCUACUGUGUGUUUUCGAAAACAGUCCUUGGCAAGGUGUUCAUAAUUUUUCAUGACGAGAUUGGAAAAAAAAAGAUUAGAGAUUGUUCUAUUCAGGUCAACGCCUUGGCAUGCGCCCAGGACGACUGUCAACUGUUUGCAGCGACGAAAUCCAAGAUCUUCUGCUACGACAUUCACAACGGACAAAUGAUCGACGUCCUCGACUGCGCCCAACCGUUUCCCGUCUUCAGUUUAAAGGUUUCAGAACUAGAAAGAGCUUGCUUUUAUUCAAACUUUCUUCUCUGAAAAAGAUUUUUUUGAUCGGUUUAUUUUUUUCCAAUUUUUGAUGGAUGACAUAUUAAAAAUAACGAUUUGGAACUAAAAUCUGUGGAAAUCUCGGAAAGUCGGGGUGUGAAAUUAACUCUGUUUAUGAGAAGCAGUCGCGAUGCUUUUUGGCGCCAUUUCAAAAAUUUUCGAGAAGAAAUGUUUGAAAUAAUUUUGGGAAGAAAUGCAACCGAAAUAUGAUAUUCAAAGGAUUUCAAAAGUUGCGAUCGUUUUGUUGACUUCAACCGCCACACCUUUUUAAGCCUGGGAAAAUCGUAUACUCCAUUUCUUCCAGAUCUCUUCGGACAACUACUUUUUGGUGUCUGGUUGCGGACCAAAAGUUCACAUCUGGAACAUUCAAAAAAGAAAUCACGACGCGCACGACGUCACUGUGGACAAAGAAGGCUUUCUGACCGCCAUCGCCAUGUCUUACGACGAGAAGGUCUCUCGGCAGCAUUUUGUUUGGAAAUGAAACAACUGGAUUAUUUUCAGGUUUCCGCCUGUGGAACGUACAAUGGGAUCGUGGCCCUUUGGGACCUGGACAUUUGCCAAUGUAUUUCAACGGUAAGACUUUUUAUUUUCUCAUGAUGUGAAUGUUUUUCCAUAAUUCAGUGAUUGGCUAUAAUUUUUCUGUUCUCAGGUUGUACAAGCGAAAGGAAUCCCGGUCACGUGCAUCACCUUCACCGUUGACAAUGCGUUCCUGAUUUCUGGAAAUUCGGUUGGGAGCAUUCUUCUGCUUGACGCGGCCAACGGAAACGUCAUCAGGGACAUCAAUGUAGGGAUGAAAUUCCCCUCGGAAGCAAAAUCAAAAGAUUUCCAGUUCCACACAACGGAGAUCGUCUCGAUUUGCUCUUUGUACACGGGAAAAGUGCUUUCCUGCGACAAAGACGGCAAAUUCAUCCAAUGGGACACGUUCCUCGAAGAUGAUAUUCCGGUUAGUCUCGUUAUUUAUUAUUUGGAGAAGUCUGCAUUUCUUGCUGUAAUAUUCUCAUAUCUGACGUGUUAGAUCUCUUCUCAAAAUCAAUUUUGUGUUACUCUUAAAGGUAAUCUUUUUUCAAUGCAAAAACUAGAGAAAUUGAUUAAUUAAUCAUCGAAAAUGAAUAAAAUCACACUGCGGAAGAAGUUGAAAAAAUAGUUUUUUCUUCAGUUGAACUGUUCAAAUUUCAGGAAAUGGUGGUUCAAGGUGUCAAGCCGCCAGUUUUCGUGCCACCCAGCGGCAGAAUAUUGAUAGGUCAUUGCCCAGCCAACGUCAAAGAGUCCGACCUCCACAUACGGGAAAUCCGCAUUUAUUGUGUUCAGAAUGAAGAUUUGGACGUUGCCGGAAGAGGCGGCGCCGGUGCAAAAGAACAAACUUUCUCACAAUGAUGAGAUCACCUGUUUCGCGACGGCGCCCAAGGGAGGAUCUCUAGUCGCCACGGGCUCCCUGGACAUGUCCCUCAAGCUUUGGAAUAUCGAAUCUGGCUUUUUGACCCAGGUAAAUGCUCAAAAGUUGAUUUGAAAAAGGUGACAAGAAACUUCAGCAAUCCAUUGUUUGGAAUGAGUAGAAGUUCCUUUAGUAUCUAGGAGUUUGGCUCAGAUUUUUUGAAUAAGCAUAUGAAGUUUUAAUGAGCGCAGCUUGAUGAUUGCAUGAGACUACGCUGGCUGGAGUUCUAUGAUCACUAUUUGUGACACAACCAGGAAACAAAUUGCUCGAUUUGUUUGGAAAAGAAGUUUGGAAAAGUGCUCUCUGGGGUCAAUCGCGCGGUAGAGUUCACGUGGUCGACAGACACACUCGACUCGGCAACGAAAAUAGUCAAAAUUUUUCUGAAUGCGACAAGGGAAUUAUAGAGAAAAUUUCAGAAAGCUUUUGAUGAUCCUCAAUCUUUUUCAAUUCGAAACUUCUUUUCCCGUCUUUUUGUUAAUAUGUUUGGUUUAAAGGUGAGUAAGUAAGCAAAACUCAAAAUGAUUUUUUUUUUCAAGGGCUUUUCUUUCCGGAAUUUUUUGAAAUAAUAAUCUGAUGAGAGUGAUGUGAAAAAAAUAAUAAUUUUCUUCCAUUUUUUUCUUUCCAGACUUGAGAGCAAGUCCAAUUUUAUGUGACAGAAAUGAAAUCAGAAAUUUCGCAUCAAUAUUAUAAGUUUUCGAUUGAGAAUCAAGUAUUUUAGGUACUGGUUGGUCAUGACGACGUCGUGACGUGCUGCGACCUGGCAGACGACGAGAGGAUAGUCGUUUCCGGAUCUCGUGACCGGAAAGUCAUCAUCUGGAACGUGGCGACCGGCGACGUCGUCUGCAACAUCUUCGCCUCGGCUUCGGUCACUUCAGUCGCGUUGACGCGCGAUGGAACUGUCGCCUUCUCAUGUAACCUCUUCUCGAGAAUCUCCCUUCUAAUCGACUUCUUCAGCGACUGAGGAAGGCUGGCUGGAGGCCUGGACGACGGAUAAAGGCAGACGUUUGUCGUCUUUCAACGCGCAUCGGCCCAUUCGGAAGGUGAUAACGUCAUUGGAAGCCAAUCGGUGAGUCAUCCUGGGUCGCGUGGCCGAGGGAAAGACCAUUUUCGCCUGAUUCACCCCAACAUUUAGUGAACGAAAAUGAUGUCAGGAUGGAUAGUUUUACAUACUCGUGAUCAAAAAUCAAAAGUUCUUUGUGCUCAGAGAAAGGUUUUGAAUGUCUUUGUGUCGACAAAAUGUCAUGAUGAUUCACUUGGAAUACAAUCAUUCUUCUUAAGUUUUCAAUGUCAUUUUUUUGUUAGUUAAAAGAUUAAUCGUGUAGGUUUAUAGUUGAUUCUGGCCGAUAAUGUCGAAGAACUACUGUAGAUGAAAAAAAUUGGUGGAUACGGCUUGUUAUGAUAAAAAAAUUAAAAACACAAACCGUGAUUUGAAAAAAACUUGACCGCUGCUCUUCUUUUUUUCGAAAAAAAUUUCCGUUUUCUACUUUCAACUCUACUGUUUGCUUUUUUUAUAGAUUUUUUUGUUUGAAUUAUGCAGCUAUUCUAUAUUUUUUCAAUGGAAAAAAACUUGCAAGGGUGCAGCACAGUCGUGUUGAAAGUUUUCUUUGUGAUUUUUUUCAAAGAUUUUUUUAAAAAAAUUUUUUUAAAAACUUUUUUGUUACUUUCAUUACUUUUCAAAUUAAGAGAAAUCGGAACAGAGUCUAGAGUUUUUAAGUGAAAAAGUAAUUCAUUACGGAAAGCCCAAAUUGUUUCAGGCCAGUUAUGUGAGAACUUACCAGUCCAAGACUUGGUCUCAACAUUUAUCGAGCCAACGCCGCGCAAAGUUUAUAUGUGAGGCUUUCCAGACUGCUGGUUCACCUGACCGGAUGUGCUCAACUGCCGAUCCUCUGCCUGCACAACACGCCAGCCAGUGCUCAUGCGGCGACGAGACGUCGAAGUGCGCGGACUCACUCCGUGUCGAGCAUCGGCAACGAGAUCGUAACCGCUUCCGACGCCAAGAAGGAGACGACGUCGGCCUCGUCAAACACUUUGCAGACGGGAAACGGACAGGCGGCCACGGGAUCUGGACGUCCUUCCCAACCGAGACCCACCUUCGACAAGUUGGAGCGAAGCAAGAGCCGCACUUCCUUGAUUGAAAAGGUCCGCUUUGCCCCAAGGAAAUGAGAAAAGUUCCAAAGUUUUUUCUUGUGUCUUUGCUUUUUCUCAGAUCUUCGGAACCUCGAGCUCUGAAAUUUGUUGCAUUUAAGUUAGAAAAUGUCUUACGAGGAAAGGUAUAUCAAGUCUGAUGGUGUGUAGUCCUAGGUUAAAGUACUCGAAAAGUUAAAGAAUUUUCUUUUAAGCGCCAUAGAUUGCUAAGAAAAUUCCGGCCGAAAAUUGUAAAGAAUAGACUAAAAAUGCUUUGCUUGGAAAUUUUGGAGAAAACGUUUUUUUUUUUCAUGUCGCUCAUGAGGGGAUUCUGAUGAGCAGUUAACUUCAAAACAACAAAUACGAAAAAAAAAAAUACAACGGUUCUCAAUCGUUUUCUCGUACAUUUUCCGCCCUUUUUUUCUCGGUACUCUGUAGCAAUUAGCCGCUUAGCAUACAUUUUUUUUUUCUGAGUAUCUCCAUCUAGGAAUGUCUAACACAUCUACGAUGUUUGCCUCAGAUACUUUCCUCGUUAGAAUGCGAAAAAAAAAAUCAUGCGAUUUGAAGCGUUUUAGAGCUGGUUAUUGAUACUAAAAAGAAUGAGAAGCAUCAAGCUUAAUUUUACGAUGAAGCCUGUGUUUCGACUCAUAAACCCCAUGUGUCAUUGAUAGAAAAUCCCCGGCAUAUAGUUUAUUUACCCUCAACUUGUCCAGCUCUGAAUUUGUGCUCUCUCUUACCAUAUUUCUGACAAGGGAGGUCAUUUGCUUCAUGCGAAUUAGGAAUUUCUUAUAAACGAUCUCAAAGCCUCUUUGGAGAUCUAGCACGAAAUCUCUAGUAGUUAUCACCCGCACAAGUGUUUGGUUUUGGCUUCAUAGAGCUUUAGUUUGAAAUUUUCAAUUUGAAAGAGAUGUGUGUGAGCAAGUUUUCGGAAAGUUUCUAGAAGCAAGUAUUCAGAAGGCGUUAAAAAUUCACUUCAAAAUGGCCUCCUCUGUGAGACAUCUGUGGCUUCGUUUGCCUAUCAUGUCAUUGACUGAUCUUUUGAAGGAGUGGGUGAGAUUCAUAAAAAAUAAUAAAAAUUUGCUGUGAAAUUUUUAGUAUGACGUAUAGGCGUUUAGAAAAGAUGGUUAUUUGAAAAAAAAAAUCAACGUUUUCCAUCUUAACAAGCUGAAGCCAAAAAAAGACGGCGCUUUUUAUUGAAAAUUUAAGCUCUGAACCAACUUGGAAUAUUUUAUUCUCUCUGCACCUCUCACUAGGGAACUACUCGGACUCGGGUACCCGUUUCGAGUUGAAACUUUGGUGGCUAAUAGACCCGGGUAAGAUUACUUGGAAACAAGAAAAAUUAUCUGCUAAACCCCAUAGGCUUCUGAGAAAAAGCUUUUUGAAAAUGAACAAUUUAGGCUUGAAAAUUAUCAAAUUCCUGCUUUUCUCCUUCUUUUGGCUGGAAAAAGUUUUUUAGAGUGUAUCAUAGCCGGAUCAUCCAAGGCGAGUGUAUUAAAAUAUGAAACAAGGAAAAAAGCAGUAUUCUGAAAAUUUUCAAGCCUAAUUUUCACAUUUUCAACUAAUUUUUUCUCGGUUCUCUAUUUGGUUUAGCAGAUAUUCUCUCUUGUUUUCAAGUAUUCUCACUUAGGUCUAAAAACCACGAAAGUUUGAACUCGAUCCGCGUACCCGAGUCCGAGUAGUUCCCUAGUCAGUCGACUCUUUGAAAUUUUGGAGUUAGAACAUAUUAACAAAAAAGUUAUCAAUUUUUAUGAUGGCGUUUUGCAGGACCGGCCGACCACUUUGACUCAGGCCGUGACGCCAGUUCAAAAAUCCAGCAUGUGCAGCAUUUUGUAA